AUGUCUGUACCGACUCCUAUAAUCAUUUUCGAUGCGAAUACGAGGAAUCAGAGACAGUUUAUCGCAUUUCGAUGGAAUGUUGAGAUUCCAGGUGGACGUGGUCAGCUUCAACUUGGUUUCUACAACGUCUUGCGGGGAAAUUCGAUGAGCUUGAGCGCCUGCACACGCGCUGGAAAGGCGUUAUACGCUGCAAGAGAAUGUAUCGUUCACGCACAUCUCAAACAGACUCUUUCACGCUCACAAGCUGGUCCCAAACGGCUGCCACCAGGGCUUUUCAAGCCAACUGCAGCGCGCGCGCUCUCGACCAGCCAUAUGCACGCUACAGACUCAAAUUCUCGAUAUGACGCGUUGAAACGACAGAGUAGUCAAACCGAGUCGCUGCUAAACACGCAUAUGGACCGCGCGUCUGCUGCAAAGUCUGCAGCCGGUCGACCAGGAUCGGAUGGCGUCUUUUAUCUCGGGAUACGUCCGAGUGCACAAGAAUUGCCCAAGGGAUAUAAACAGUGGAGCGAGUUGGGCGUCGGCGGCAAAAGUGCUGCAUUGACGGCUUUGUUGGUCUAUGCAUUAGCCACAGAGCUGGGAAGUAGGAACUCACCAACGGUCAUCUACGCGGACGUUUGCGAGUUGAUCAAGGAGCACAAUGGCCUACGGAAUAUGCUGCCCGCCGGGUCUCGUAUCAAGUUUCAUACGACUGCCCCUCGUUCUUCCAGCGACCGACCGAGACAUAGGAAUAGGAGUGUUCCUUCGGCCGUUGUACUCGAUUCUGCUGGCAUAGAACAUCUCUAUCUCAAUUUCUGGAUUGAAGCGACACCUGACACCUCCAAUACCCUAACGUGGCGAGAUGCAGAAUGGUGGGACGUACGGGAGUGGGAUUGGUCCGUGGCACAUGCUCGAAGGUGGAUUUCGGAUUCCCAGGACACUGCAUGGCGGCAAGGUAGAGAGUUGUUCGCCAUGUUGACUGGUCAGCCGUUACCGAAGGAGGAACCAGACAAGAGGCACGCACGAGGUGAACAGGAUUCGUCGGCCUCGUCCUCGUCGACUGUCAGUCAACCCAAGAGUGAAGGUCGAUCGAUAUCGGGCGCGCUAUGGUCCACACUGACCGGCGUACUACGACCUAUCAGCACUGCGUCUGCGGCGUCGCGGACACGAAAGGAGCCACUGCAGUAUACGUCUGGAGAGGUCCAUGUGGACUUGAUCAGGGAUUCGACGAACAACUAUGUCUACCGAUAUGUUCUGGUGGACCUGCCUAAUUCGAGCGGGGCCGCAUCCACCCGGAUAUUCGUCAAACGAGCGGCCGGGGUAGCGGAACACGAGAGUGUGAUGCGGUUCUCGUGA